AUGGCUGUGAACGCGAGCAGGGAUGUCCCUGUGAGGUGGGAGACAGUGCGAGAGAAUGCCUUCAAUGACCCCUCCCAUGACAAUGUGCUGCACCAUGGCUAUUUCAUUGCCAAUCGCUCAAAUGCUCAGAAUUUCCUCCAGCUGGCGCCUACCUGGAAGAGCCACUUGGUGUUCCACGAUAUCCUGGACGCUGACAUUGCCAUUCAGGCAGGCGUGGACAGGAACAGGGCGCAGCAUAAAAAGGUCUUCACCCCAGCGGCAGCUGACCGGCAGCCUGCAGCCUUUCAUCAGUGGCUGAAGAAACACGGCAGAGGCGCAGUCCCUUUUGAAGGGAGCACAGACGCUGCUGGGGGAGCGCCAGGAGUACAGAUGCAAAGGGAGCAACUCUUGGACAGGUUCCUGACCCACACAGUGCACUGCAGCGCCUGCCGCAAGGCCUAUGCCGCGAUGCAGCUGCUUCAAAGGCUCGCCCUCGUCGCAGCUGCGGUGCUCUUCUUUGCUGCCUGCGCAGCUGUUUCCUACACAGGCCUCUCUGCUCCAGUGAUGGUGCUUGGAGCGCUGUCAGCGGUGGCCCUGGCAGCUGCAAGGAGGCUGCGCAACACUGCCCAGAAUUUUGUCUUUGUGGACUAUGAUGAGCACCACAUCUCCAAGCGAUCUAGUUGA